GACCUCUGUGCUGUAGCUGCCCCCAACCCAAGGACAAUAACAACAACAGCAGUAAUAAGUACAAACUACAGCUGGUCAUCGUCUUCCCUCAACCAACAACCAACAAGAAGUACCAGGAGGAAAGACCUUACCAGCACGUCACUGUCAGCUGUUUGUUAUGGAAGGGUUUGUCUUUGAGUCAUCUGGUAGUCCUAGGAACAAGCCAUCACGUAGAUCACUGUCUCUUCAGCCAGAGUUGUCACCCUCGUCCUCUUCCCUGCACUCUGCAAGAAAGAAACUAAGAGGUAAAUCACCUGGGCGUAACCUUACUGCAUUUUUUACUCACAAAUCUGACCGUUUUGGAAGAGCAAGCGUGGAUGACUGCCGCACAUCCCUUAGGAGGAGAACAGUUGGUUCAGUAUCUUCCAAUCUGCUCCAGCUUACAUCCAUCAGUGAAGUUAGUGGUUGGAAUUCUUUAUCUAGAAGUUUUUCAACACCUACUUACACUCAUAAUAAUAAUAAAACUCCACUUGAUGAACCUGAUGAGAGUGAGGAGAGUAGUGUAUCAAGUGAUGACAGUGAUGGACAUUCAAGCUUUGUGCCUGAGGAACAUGAGCACCAUGCACACAAGAGGCUUUUUACAGACUUCUUGAAAAAUGAUAACAGCUUAAUGCUUCAAGCAAGUUCAUCAAGAAAGAAACAGAGAAUUUCUGAAAAGUCAAGCAACCAAGAUAUAAAGAAUCCAUCUCUGUUAUGGAAGCUUAUCAAAGCAUUUAGUAAAAUUGUAAUGUAUAUGAUUGUCCUUUUGUUUUCAUUAUUAUUUUUAACUGUGGGAUUAUCACAAUUCUUUGUUUACCAAAAAGCAAAAUGUGAAGAAAAGAAGAAUAUGGUGCUACCUUUAGAUAACUUGAAGGAUCAGUUGUCCUUGUAUGUUAUAGGGCAAGAGAUGGCUAUAGGUGUGAUAAUUAAUUCUUUGAAGAAAAUUUUACCAAAUAAAAUUGAAAGGCCUUCCUUAUUGUGGAUGGUUGGCUGGACUGGAAGUGGGAAAACACACACAACCCACAUUAUUAAAAAUAUUUUGUCAGGAACAUCUCAAGUCCACAUUAUAAUACCUGAUCUGCUUCCAGAAGAUACAGGUAACCUUCAUGGAGAGAUGACAGUUCUCUUUCAUAAACUUGAUCCUUGUUCUCUCAACUUAGUAAUUAUUGAUGGCUGGGAUGAUGAAAGUAAUUUCCCAAUCAAGGUAUUGGAACAUUUUUUUAUAAAUUUUGAGAAUUCUAAAACUAAAAGCCAGAUAGUGAUAAUUUUAAGCGGUACACGGGGAAGUGCAGAAAUUGGUGAAUAUUUCUUAAAACUGCGUAACAGUGGGAAAUCUAGAAAAGAUUUUACUAGUGAAGAUUUCAUUGAUGUAACUGCAUCCCUUAAAGAAGUCAAUUUAUUAAAGAAAAUCACAGAGGAACACACCCUUGUGCCUUACUUGCCUUUGGAAGUUCCCCAUAUUAAAUUGUGUAUCAAGGAAGAACUUAAAAAACUACAAAAACUGGAAAUAAUUAUGAAAGAAGAUAAACUACAAAAGAUAACUCAACAAAUAAUUGAUCAGCUCAGUUUUUUGCCUACAUCAUAUCUACUGGUGGCAGCUAGUGGAUGCAAACGUGUUCAGCCACUUCUGGCCCUGCUGCUGUCUGGACAUAGAUAGUGAUAAUAGAACCCAGUCCUAUAGAAUAGUUGACAAAUUUAUAUCUGUGGCUCCAUUUUGUCCCUAGUCCAUCCCAGGAAAUUGCCUCUGAAGAAUUAGCCAUAAGAGGAAAGCCUUUGGACAUUGCAUAAAUGUGCUGUACAUGCCUGUACAUUUGAGAUACUAGUAAUGUUCUCAGGUUACCAUGCCUAUACUUUUAUGUGGUUCUCAAUUUCCCCUUCAGAGUACUGUAUGAAGGGGAACAAUAUUCCCCCUUUUAUGUAAGAUCUUGUUAAAUUAAUACUUCAUAACACAAUAAAUAAAAGUUGAAAAGGAAUUUUUUUUAGGACUUGUACACAUGAAGUUGCUAAGAAUUUAACAGUAAGAAAAGAUCAUAUAUAUAUUUAUAAAUAUCUCAUAAGGUGUUGUAAUCCAAUAGUCAAAGGAAUACCUAAAAUGCCAGAUAUAUAUAUGUGUUUUAAUAUGACAUUCACUUUGGUGAGCAACAGUUGGAUGAUGUCACAACAAGCAAUAUCUAAUAGCCUUAAAACCUUAAAAAACAGACAUAAUUGCUGCUGUACUUUUGGGCCAUAAGAAAUUUUCAUUGGGUAAAUUAGACAUACAGUACUGUAAUUUAUGUUUGUCAGAUGUGUAGCUGAGUUAUUCUCUAGGAACUGAUAAAUUGGAUAAUCAGUGAUAUAAAAAUGCAAUUCCCAAGGAUUCAAACAUCUCUUUUUAUUCAUAUUCAGUAAUAUAUUCCAUUGAUGGAAAUGGGUUUUGGAAACUAGUUACUGUAUACGCUGGUUUUGGGAACUAGGUAUACAGUGGUAUUGGGAAUUAGGUAUUUGCUGCUUUUUAUAACAAAGUAUACUCUGUUUUAGGGAACUAAGUAUACACUGGUUUUGGGAACUAAAUAGUAUAUGUUACAGCUGUAUUGAGGAUGUAAGGCCAGGAAUCAAAAGUGGGGGGGGGGGUUCCCAUCCAAAAUUAUAACAAAUAAACGAGCAAUUUUAGUCUAUAGAAACUUGACGAAGGAGAGCUAAUAAAUGUCUUCAUUAGUACAGAAUUGAACAUAAAAAUACUGGAAAUUGAGAAGUAGUUUUAUGCCAUACACCUGCAUACCCAACAUUUCCAUUACUGAUUCAAACCAGCUAGGCCUUCUUCAAAUGCUGAGGUAGUUGUAAAUUUAAAUUUUGUUGCAAUGUACCUAUCAUUACACUUAUUUGUUAGCUUAAAGACCUGCAGGGGAAACACUAUGCAUGCUAGUGGCUUUGCAAGAAUGUACCGUGUAAUCACCAACAUGUGUACUUUCACAAUUCAUUGUUCCUUCAUGUAUAUAAAUAAAUAAAUAAAUAACAUAAUGGUCAGUGUUACAGGCUGAAUGAUCAGUGUUACAGUGAGAAUGAUCAAUGUUACAGACAGAAUGAUCAGUGUUACAGUGAGAAUGAUCAAUGUUACAGACAGAAUGGUCAGUGUUACAGUGAGAAUGAUCAAUGUUACAGACAGAAUGGUCAGUGUUACAGUGAGAAUGAUCAGUGUUACAGACAGAAUGUCAGUGUUACAGGCUGAAUGAUCAGUGUUACAGACAGAAUGGUCAGUGUUUUUACCUGAAUUUACCUGAGGGCCACAAACAUUAGUGGCCUCGAUGAGGACAGGAAGCCAGCAGCUUGUCGAAGGUCCCCCCCCUCCCCAUUUGCUUUGAUAUUUUCCAGUUGGACUUAAGAAGUUAACAGAGUUUUGGCAUUUACGGUUUUCGCGGUUAGGCGGUUCCAUGGAUUUAUAACAAUAUGGUGUGAAAAAGCAUCUCCUGUUCUCAGUCCUAUAUUGUGGCUUGUUGAGCUUGAAACUGUUGCUCCUUGUUUGUGCUCCAUCUGACCUUCUGAAGAAAUUAUCCGGAUCAACAUCCUCCAAAUUGUUUAGUAUUUUAAUUAAAAGUUUCAAUUGCGAUUUGCCUUGUUAUGCCUGGGUUGCAGGGUUGUUAGCCCUGUGGCCCUCAACUGUUCCUGAUACGUGAGUUGCCUUAGCUCUGGGAUGAUUUUUGUUGUCCGGUGUUUCACUUUCUCCAGAACAGCUAUGUUUUUCUAGAGAUGUGGUCUCCAUGCUUGGAUACAGUAAUCCAAAUGCACCAGAGAUUUAAUCAGUUGAAUAACUACCUUCUUUUCCUUAAAGUCAAUGAUACACUUGAUUAUUCCAAGGGUUUGGUUAGCUUUUUUGACUGCUGCUCCUACCUGCUGUGCAACUUUUAAUGAGUGGUGGAUAUUGAGAGGUGUUGUCGAGAUAAUAGUCAAGUGUUACUGACAGAAAGGUCAGUGUUACAUACAGAUUGGCAAACUAUCCACAGAAUUGGCAGUGUUACACAGACAGUUUUCUGUGUAACACGUACAUAGAUGUCAGUGUAAGACAAACAUUGUGGUAACACAGACUUUGCCAGUGGUCAGAGUAAUACAGACAUAAUGUAAGUGUAAGAUGGACACAGUAGUCAGUGUGACACAGACUCGAUGGUCAGUGUGACACGGACUCGAUGGUCAGUGUGACACGGACUCAGUGGUCAGUGUGACACGGACUCAGUGGUCAGUGUGACACGGACUCAGUGGUCAGUGUGACACGGAUCUAGUGGUCAGUGGACAGCAUCACCACUGGGAGUCGUGCGUCAAGAUGAACAACAAUAGCUGGUGAUAACCUUGUGCAGACACACUUCAUUUCCAUCAUGUGGAGUGUCUCCAGCCGUAGGGCCCAGCUCUUGCUCCAUACACUCCUCUGACGCACUAAGCUUGCAUCUCUCUUCCUAUCUGCACCAAUCACGACUUUUCUCUUUUCCUCUUUGAAACGUUCUGUUUCUUCAUAUGUUGUGAAUAUUAUCGCGUUUCCAUUUUUCGAUCAACCUUUUGGUGUUCCAUUGUGUUGUGUGGGGGCUGACGUUGUAGGAGGCAGGGCUGGAGGCGGUGUGAGGACCCCCACUACACUAGCGGUCAGGGAAGGACGAGCACAACCGGUUUAAAAUAGACAGCAUCACCGGGGUGGUUUCAUCACCCUCGCUAAGCUCCUCUGAAACAACCUGUCAGAUGGAUGCAGAUUCGAGGAGGUUAGGCUAUAACACAGCAAAAAAAUCUGGUUCCCCAACGGAUUUUGAAAAGUACUUCGCCCAAUCCAACUAAACCGAAUCUAAACUUAACCUAAACCUAACCUAAAUCUCCCACGUCCUAACCUUAGCAAUAUAUUCUGUUUUGACUCAAAGCUAGUUUUGCUGAACCGCCAUAUGUAAAAUUUGAGCAAGUCCUAAUUGGAUAUGCUUACCCCGGCUAAAGCUUGGAAAACGACGUUUUGUAUUAUUAUUUGCUACGUUUGUUAAUGCUAACCUGAAUAUAUUUUGCCAUUAUCGUGGAUAAUAAAAUUCACUUGGACUUCA